AAUCUUAUACAUUUCUCAUAUAUCAAUUCCAAAAUGGCCCCUAAAAAGAAAGCCGUACAAGAGAAACCUAUCCUUUUAGGUAGACCAGGUAACAACUUAAAGUCCGGUAUUGUUGGAUUGGCUAACGUCGGAAAGUCCACUUUUUUCCAAGCCAUUACUAGAUCACCUUUAGGAAACCCUGCAAAUUACCCAUUUGCGACCAUUGAACCAGAAGAAGCCAGAGUUAUUGUUCCCUCCCCAAGAUUCGAAAAGUUAUGUGGGUUGUACAAGCCAAAGAGUGAAGUUCCAGCUUUUAUGACUAUUUACGAUAUUGCUGGUUUAACCAAAGGUGCUCACGCUGGUGAAGGGUUAGGAAACAAUUUCUUGGCCAACAUUAGAGCUGUGGAUGCUAUUUUCCAGGUCGUAAGAUGUUUUGAAGACUCCGACAUUAUCCACAUUAAUGAUGAAGUUAAUCCAACAGCUGAUUUAGAGAUCAUUUCUGAUGAAUUAAGCUUAAAAGAUAUCGAAUUCGCUCAAAAACAUUUGGAAGGAAUUGAAAAAAUAACUAGAAGAGGUGGACAAUCUUUAGAAGUUAAGCAAAAGAAAGAAGAAGCUGAAUUGGUCAAGAGAAUCAUUGAACUUUUGGAAAAGAGACAAAGAAUUGCCAACCAAACUUGGACUGCGAAAGAAGUCGAAAUAAUCAACUCGAUGUUCUUGUUAACUGCUAAACCAUGUAUCUACUUGAUUAACUUGUCAGAAAGAGACUACAUCAGAAAGAAGAAUAAGUACUUAUUAAAGAUCAAAGAAUGGGUUGAUACUAAUUCUCCAGGUGAUAUGAUUAUCCCAGUAUCUGUUUCCUUGGAAGAAAAGUUGGCUGGUAUGGAAACCGAUGACGAAAGAGAGGCUUACCUUAAAGAAAUUCAAACCCAAUCGGCUUUACCUAAAAUCAUUACCACCAUGAGACAAAAGUUGGAUUUGAUUUCUUUCUUCACUGGGGGUCCAGAUGAAGUCAGAGAAUGGACUAUCAGAAGAUGGUACACUGCUCCACAAGCUGCCGGUACCAUUCACACCGAUUUGGAACGAACAUUUAUCUUGGCUCAAGUUAUUAAGUACGAUGACUUGAUUGAAUUGGGAGAUGAGAAUGCAGUAAGAGCCGCUGGUAAAUUGUUGCAAAAAGGUAAGGACUACUUUGUUGAAGAUGGAGACGUUUUAUAUAUUAAAGCUGCUGAUGGUAAAGCCCGUUAAAUAGUUGUGCCUUAGUUUCAUACAAGUCUUUUAACACAUUCCACAUAAUAGUUGUAACUGUCAUGCGACCUCAAAUUUUGACAGGUUUUUCAAAUCGAAAAUGGCUGCAACGGUAUUUGACACGUGCGGAGCCGGGCUGAGCCUUGUAAAAAUGCCUCUGCUAUAUUAAACUUUAUAAUUUACCACACAUAUAAAUAGAACCAUUUCCUUCUCAAGCUUCAACAGUACAAGUUAUAGUACUUGUUUCAUUCGUGUCCCAUGUUGAGAUUGACCUUAAGAAGGUCCCUCGUGGGGAUGGUUUUCUUUUUGGCAGUCUUUUUGUUCUAUACGAUUUUGGAUGCUAUAUUUAUCAGGUUUUCUCCAACCACAUUCAAAAAGCAAGACAUCAAAAUGAGAAAAAUAAUCCAUUAUUCUAACUACAAGUAUGGUGAUUUGGAUGGCCUUACAGAACGCCAUAAGCAUUUCAAGGACAAGCCAUUGCCUGAAAAGUGUACGAUAUUUUUUAAUGAUUUGAUGACUUCAACUUCAGGAAAGAGCUGGAGAUUUCCUACAAUGUCAGGGAGGUCUUAUAAUAAAGACAUUGAUAAGCUGCAGCGAUUUUUCAACAGAGAACGGAAAAACCUUCUAUCGGUCAAAUCAAAAGAAGGAUUGGGAAGUAAAAUAUCACUUUCUGAGAAGAAUAGUAUAAAGACCGAUUUUGAUCA